UUUCCUUUCGUGAAAGGACACUUGCCAACCUGUUGGUUAAAUUCGAGAGCUGCUUUAUAUAUACAUACGUGCACAAGCAUUUAGUUGAAAAAGAGAGGAAUUAAGAUUGUAGAACAAAAUAUGGGUUUUGGAUACUUGUGUGUUUUGUUGGUCUGUAUAUUACUCUCUGAAGGUUUAUCAAAGGGUGUGUUUGGCUUGGCAUGCAACUGGGGAUCACGUUCCACACAUCAACUUCCACCAGAUAUAGUUGUGAGGCUAUUAAAGGCAAAUGGGUUUAACAAAGUGAAGCUGUUUGAAGCUGAAGCUGGACCUCUUAAGGCUCUUGGUAAUUCUGGUAUGCAAGUCAUGGUGGGAAUACCAAACGACUUAUUAGCACCUCUGGCUAGCAGUGUACAGGUUGCAGAGAACUGGGUGGCUCAAAACGUGUCGUCUUACAUUUCCAAAAAUGGAGUUGAUAUAAGAUAUGUGGCGGUGGGCAAUGAACCAUUCCUUCGCACAUACAAAGACACUUUCAUCCACACCACGUUUCCAGCACUACAAAACGUUCAAGCAGCUCUCAUCAAAGCGGGUUUAGGAAGACAAGUGAAAGUGACAAUCCCCAUCAACGCCGACGUCUACGAUACCGGAAGUGGUCUACCUUCCGGCGGAAACUUCCGUUCCGACAUCCACGACCUCAUGAUCUCCAUCGUCAAGUUUCUCAGCAACAACGGAGCUCCUAUCACCAUCAAUAUCUACCCAUUUCUCAGCCUCCAAGCCGACCCCCAUUUCCCCAAAGAUUAUGCCUUUUUCAACGGCAAUUCAAAACCUAUCGUAGACGGCUCUAUUACUUACACCAACGUUUUGGACGCCAACUUCGACACUCUUGUCUCUGCUCUCGAAAAGAACGGCUUCUCCAACAUGCCCAUAAUCGUCGGCGAGGUUGGAUGGCCGACGGACGGCGAUCCCAAUGCAAACAUUGUCAAUGCUCGUCGGUUCAAUCAGGGUCUACUUGAACGCAUAAUAAGUGGGAAAGGCACUCCGAGACGACCAACUCCACCUGACAUUUACCUUUUUGCCCUUCUGGAUGAGGAUGCGAAGAGUACUGACCCCGGGAAUUUUGAACGUCAUUGGGGGAUUUUCAACUUCGAUGGAAGCAUCAAAUACCCGUUGAAUCUUGGAAGUGGAAGAGGUUUGACUCCUGCGAAAGGAGUCAAGUAUUUGGCAAGGCAAUGGUGCAUAAUGUCCCCGCAAGCUAGCACUGCGGAUCCGAAAUUGGCUGAGAGCAUAAGCUACGCGUGUACUUAUGCGGAUUGUACUAGUCUUGGAUAUGGUUCUUCUUGUGGGAUGUUGGAUCCGAGAGGCAAUGCUUCUUAUGCUUUCAAUAUGUAUUACCAGACCAUGGAUCAGCGAAAAGGUUCUUGUGAGUUCAAUAACUUGUCCAUCGUUACCACCGUUGAUCCUUCUCCUUCUCCGAAUACUCAGGGCUCUUGUCGGUUUGAGAUUAUGAUUGAUCUUGGCAAACACGAGAAAAGGAGUAGUGCUCCUUCAAUGGCUGCUUCAAGAUUUGGAAGAUACAAUUCCAACAUUGUCGUCGUUGGUUUCCUUGUCCCACUGCUGCUGUCCAUGUGGGUCGUUUGAUUUUAUUUUAUUUUUAUUAUUAUUAUUAUUAUUUUUUCACUUGGUAUUGUUAUUACUAUUAUUAUUAUUAUUAUUAUUUUUUCUGUAUAUAUGAGUUUUCAAGACAAUUAUAUUGUAUCAGAUGGUUUUAUGAGAUUUAAUUAAUGUAUAGAAAAAUCUAUAAUAUUCUGUCA